CACAGUGACUGUGAAGGUCCUGAUGCCAUGUAUGUCAAAUUAAUAUCACAUGAUGGCCAUGAAUUUAUUGUAAAAAGAGAGCAAGCCCCAACAUCAGGAACAAUAGAAGCCACGUGGAGUGGCCCCAGUCAAUUUGCUACAAAUGAAAUCAGUUUGAGAGCGAUCCCUUCUCAGCGGCUGUCAAAGGGGCUGUGUGUUCACUGCACAAACAGCUGGACCGAGAUUCCUGAAUUCCCAAUUGCAUCUGAAAUUGCCCUGCAACUGCUAAUGACGACGAACCUCCUAGAUUGUUAA